GGCCCACCAUUUUAAAACUGUCACUCCAUCUCUCCGUCUUUUAUCCAUCAAAGAAGCCCAGUUUUCCUUGAGAAGGACAAGAUGGAGAUUGGAAGAGACGGUGGGGAAGAUGGUAAUCGAGAGGCACUUCUAGCGAAAGAUGAACAAGGAGAAGAUGGUGGGUCCUACAUAUGGGUGGUGGUGAUCAGCACCUUAGUCGCGGUUUCAGGUUCUUAUGUAUUCGGAUCCGCUGUUGGCUAUUCGUCGCCAGCUGAGCUAGGAAUCAUGAAUGACCUUGGCCUCAGUUUGGCUCAGUACUCCCUCUUUGGCUCAAUAUUGACUAUUGGGGCAAUGAUAGGUGCCAUAAUGAGUGGUCACAUUGCAGAUUUCAUCGGUCGUAGAGGUUCCUGGCAGGCAAUGGGAAUAUCAGACAUUUUCUGCCUUGCUGGAUGGCUUGCGAUAUUCUUUUCAAAGGCUGCUUGGUUGCUCAACCUUGGAAGGCUGUCUGUGGGAUAUGGAAUCGGGCUUCUUUCUUAUGUGGUUCCUGUGUACAUAGCAGAAAUAACACCCAAGAAUCUUAGAGGGGGGUUUACAACAGUAAAUCAGCUGAUGAUAUGCUGUGGAGUGUCCCUUACCUUUCUCUUGGGAACAGUAGUUAGAUGGCGUAUCCUAGCACUGAUUGGGAUUAUUCCAUGCUUGGUGCAGCUUCUAGGCCUCUUCUUCAUUCCUGAAUCUCCAAGAUGGCUGGCAAAGAUGGGUAAGCAGAAUGAAUUUGAAUCAGCAUUGAGGAUUCUUCGUGGGAAGGAUGCAGAUAUUUCUCACGAAGUGGAUGAAAUUAGAGAUUACAUGGAAACCAUCCAAAGCCUUCAAGAGGCCCGAAUACUAGACUUAUUUCAACGGAAAUAUGCUCAUUCCGUCAUUGUUGGAGUUGGGCUGAUGGUGCUUCAGCAAUUCGGGGGAGUGAACGGGAUUGCUUUUUAUGCAAGUGCGAUUUUCGUCUCUGCAGGUUUCUCUUCGGGUAGUAUUGGAACUAUAGCAAUGGCCGCAGUACAGAUUCCGAUGACCACAUUAGGCGUGCUUUUAAUGGAUAAGUCUGGAAGAAGACCACUUCUAAUGGUUUCGGCAGCAGGGACAUGCUUGGGUUGUUUCCUAGUCGGUGUAUCCUUCGUCUUGAAGGUCCGAGAUCAUGAAUGGCUGAAGGCGCUGAUUCCCUCUGUGGCCCUCGUCGGUGUACUGGUGUACACAGGAUCCUUCUCAUUAGGCAUGGGUGGAAUACCAUGGGUGAUAAUGUCUGAGAUAUUUCCCAUAAACAUGAAGGGCUCGGCAGGAAGCCUUGUGACACUAGUGAACUGGUUGGGUUCAUGGAUCAUAUCCUACACCUUCAACUUUCUAUUGAACUGGAGCUCAGCAGGCACCUUCUUCAUAUUUGCUAGCAUCUGUGGUGUAACCGUUCUGUUCGUGGCGAAACUAGUUCCAGAGACUAAGAAUCGGACAUUGGAAGAAAUACAAGCAUCUAUGAAUUCGUUCUCCAUCGAACCCAAGUAAGAAGUUUCGAACUGCAGAUUUGGAAAUCAACUUCUCAGUGUUGUUAGAAUGGGUGGUUUGCUGACCACGAUUCUUUUUAAGUCAUUGCAAGUACUGAAAUCCUCAGAAUUGUGAGGUGGUUGCAUCCAUGCUUUCUUGAUCGUAAGGAUGAUCAGGACCGUUCAACUGAUUCACACGGAUUGGAUGAUCCUAACCAUUUCAUCAGUGGCGUGAACAUGGACAGUUGAGAAAAGACAGAAACUUCGACAUUUAAAUGAUCACCAUGCAAAAUUCACACUGAUCAUAUGACCCUCUACAUCUGAAAGUUGGCCGGCCUUUUUAAAGGCGUCCAUUUUCCAA